CACUUCUCUACAAUGGCAGACAACACCCUCAAAGCGGCGAUCUUGAUCGUCUCAGAUACCGCCUCGCAAGAUCCAUCCACAGAUAGGGUGGGAGACACACUGACUACCGUCAUCUCAGCCGAAGGGUCGAAUAACUGGGGCACGCCCGUUAUCAAGAUCGUCCCCGAUAAUGUGUUGGAUAUCCAACGCUCCAUUUGUGACUGGACUGAUGGUCCAAAUUGGGUUAAUCUUGUGGUCGUAAGCGGUGGUACUGGGUUUGCUACCAAGGAUAUCACGCCUGAGGCCGUAUCGCCUCUCAUCCAUCGUCAUGCAUCUGGCCUGGUACACGGCAUGAUUGCAGCUUCUCUCAAAGUCACCCCUUUUGCAAUGAUGUCUCGCCCUGUUGCUGGUGUGCGAGACAAGACGUUGAUAGUCACCGUACCCGGAUCUCCCAAAGGGGCCAAGGAGAACCUCGAAGCAAUCAUCAAGCUCUUGCCGCAUGCGUGUAGCCAGGCGGCUGGCGCAAACUCCAGAGCCCUGCACGCAGGCGGGGUCAAGAAACUGGAAGCCGAGGCAGGGGUAUCUGCGCCAUCUCCCUCUGGCAGCAAGGCAGACCAUCACCAUCACCACCACCAUCAUCACCAUCACGGUGGUCAUGAUCAUAGUCAUGGACAUGCCGUUCCCCGCGCACAUACUUCCCCGUCAGAACGUCCCCAGUCAAACGACCCCAACGCCGGUCCAAACCGUCGAUACCGCGAGUCUCCGUACCCAAUGCUUUCGGUUGACGAAGCGCUCCAACUGAUCAGCCAGCACACGCCCGAACCGACAAUCAUUGAAGCCCCGGUGACAACAGCGCUCGUCGGAUCUGUCAUCGCUGAAGAUGUCUACGCCCGGGAAGCCGUGCCCGCAUACCGUGCUAGUAUCGUCGACGGCUACGCCGUCAUCACCCCCGAAUCACCCGAUGCCGGGCCCAACACCAAGGGGAUCUUCCCCGUUGCAUCCAUAACCCACGCCAACGAAGGAGGCAUUCUAUCCCCCCUCGAACCCGGUACCAUCGCGCGAAUCACCACCGGCGCACCGCUUCCCCCCAACGCCAACGCCGUAGUAAUGGUCGAAGACACGGUCCUCGCCUCGUCUACUCCCGACGGUCAAGAAGAAGCAACCGUCGAGAUUCUAACCGGCGACAUCAAACCCCAAGAAAACGUCCGCGAACCAGGCAGCGACGUAGCUCUGGGGUCCUGCAUCCUCCGCAAAGGCGACCUGAUCACCUCAGUAGGCGGCGAGAUCGGCCUUCUGGCCGCAACAGGCACCCAGACCGUGAAAGUCUACAAGAAACCCUGCAUCGGAGUCCUCAGCACAGGCGACGAACUCGUCGAACACAACGACCCUCGCAAGCUCCAAGGCGGCCAAAUCCGUGACUCGAACCGCCCGUCUCUCCUCUCCUGCCUCACCUCCUGGGGCUUCCCCACCGUCGACCUCGGCAUCGCUCGCGACACCCCAGUCGGAGAACUGGAGCAAAGCCUCCGCGACGCCCUCAGAGGCGUUGGAAAAGCUCAAUCCAGCGUCGACGUAAUCAUCACCACGGGCGGUGUCUCAAUGGGUGAACUCGACCUCCUCAAACCCACCAUCGAGCGUUCCCUCGGCGGAACCAUUCACUUCGGCCGCGUCUCCAUGAAACCAGGCAAACCUACCACCUUCGCCACAAUCCCAUUCAAGCCCUCCUCCACACCAUCAUUGUCCUCAGGACAGCAGCAACAAGAACGCGAAACCAAACUCAUCUUCUCCCUCCCCGGUAACCCUGCCUCCGCGCUCGUAACCCUCAACCUCUUCGUACUGCCCUCCCUCCACAAGCUCAUGGGCAUGGAACAGCGCAAGAUCACCCCCGCUGGGAUCUCCCCGCCGCUAGGCCUUCCGCUUGUGUCUGUGGUGCUGGCGCAUCCGUUCCCUGUUGAUAAGAAACGCACCGAGUAUCAUCGGGCCAUUGUUACGGCGUCGCGCGAGGAUGGUCGGCUCUAUGCUAUGAGUACGGGAUUGGAGGGGGUGGGACAGCGUAGCUCGAGAGUGGGUAGCUUGGCGAGUGCUAAUGCGCUGUUGGUGCUGAAGCCGGGGACUGGGAAGGUGGAGAAAGGGUCGUUGGUUGAGGCGUUGAUGAUGGGGGCUGUGGUGCCGGAGAAAUGAGGAGAACUCAAUUUAACUACAAGGCUUUGCUCUAGUAGGAUCUAUAGCAUAGUAUACAUUACUUUUUC